AAAACUCACCUCAAGGCAUUAAACGGGCGCCAAAACAGCACACACAUACACGAAAAUGGGACGCACACAGCGCCAGCGCCGGCGUCAUUCUCGCCCAGCAGCUGAUACGCAAUUAGAUACCCUACACGUGCUCUACAAACAACUUCAUUCUCUGGGCUGGCGCAAUGAAACUCAACUCUCUGCGUUUAGUUUUUCCCAAACUGGACGCGGCCUCUGCUCCAAAACACAAUGUUUCCGGGCUGGGGAUGAAUUGAUACGCCUGCCAGCUGGUUGUUUAAUAAGCAUCGCCACCCUGGAAUCGGAUGAAGAGUUUAAGGCACUUUUUGAUCCGGAUCUGUUUGACAAGGACUCACGCAUUUCGUUUCAAGCGCUGAUUGCCUGCUAUCUGUUGCAUCUACAACAUCUGCAUGAAGCUAGACAGGAAUCCCCAUUCGCUGCCUACUUGGAUAGUCUGCCACGCAGCUAUACAACGCCCUAUUUCUGUGCAGUGUCGGAGCUGCAAUGUUUGCCGGAGGCAAUACUGGAGCGCACAGUGUCACAGAAUCGUCAGAUACGCGAUUGCUAUCAGGUGCUGAAGUCCCUAGUGGGUGCACAGCAUUGCCAGUGCUGUGGUCAGCGCUACUGCGAGGAGAUUUGGACACUGGCCGAGUAUCGACGCGCCUAUUUCGCUGUAAACAGUCGCAGUGUCUAUUUAAGCUCGCGUCAACUGUAUACAGGACGCAGUCAUUUUCAGGAGUUGCUAAGCGGAACAAACAACCUGGCACUGGCUCCAUUUCUGGAUCUAUUUAAUCACUCGGACACGGUGCAAACCACAGCUGAGCUGCAGCUGCUGGCCAGCAGUAAAUGUCAAGAUUAUGUGCUGACACUCGAUUCUCUGGCAGCGGCUCAACUUAAACCAUAUGAACAACUGUUCAUCAGCUAUGGAGCAUUACCCAAUCUAAAACUACUCACCGAAUACGGUUUUUAUCUGAAGCGUAAUGCGCACGAUUACUUUGAGUUCUCGCUGCUGGACAUUGAGCAGCUCAUCGCGCAUAAUAAGGAGCUGUCUGCGCAGAGUUAUCAUCGCAACAUCUUCAAGUUCAUCAGGGAGCACAAUCUAAUGGAUCAAAUGUUUGUGCACAUCAGCGAGGGCUGCUCGCAUAAUCUGCGCGUUGUGCUCCAUCUCAUCUUCAAGCAGUGCGCGCAUUUUCCCAAUCUGCUCAAUCAGAUUGCGUUUGGCGAUGCCAGCCAAUUCGACGAUGUGCAGCCAGAGUUGUCCUAUUUACUGACACACAAAAUCAACGAAUAUCAAAGAUUUGUGGCCGCACUGGAGAAGCUGCCACAGCUCACGGAAAGUGGCACGGUGGCACAUGGCUACCUCUUGGAGUGCCUACGCUAUCUGCACGACUUUGAGUCAACACAUUGCGCAUCUAAUAAUAACUAAAAUACAAACAAUAAACUAUAUGCCACGAUCGCCAGCACCGAUGAUGGCAAGCGCAAAAGGAUAACGCCG